AUGAAUAUUUUCUUCAUUGGUCUUCUGUUGUCGUUCAUAAGUACGAAUCUGUGUCAAAAACAUCAGACACGGAUUUUUGGUGGUACUGAUUCACCAAUAAACACAUUUCCUUGGAUGAUAUCAGUCCGUAUUGAUGCAUUCGGUUCACUAACACAUAUCUGUGGUGGAGCGUUGAUCUCUGAUAGUUUUGUACUCACGUCUGUUAGUUGUCUUCAAGCUACACUGAUUCUUCCCAGUAUACUCUCGGUCAAAGCGGGAAUACAUCGCGUUUUCAAUGAUACGGAUGAAAAUGCACAACUCCGACGAGUUACUCAAAUUAUUACUCAUCCAAAUUAUAAUGCUACCAAUUUACUCAACGAUCUAGCACUUGUGUUGGUAGAUAAACCAUUUAAUAUCAAAGGAAUGAGUGUAUCGACGAUUACAUUAUCGAAUCAAACGAAUUUGAAAGACUUUGAGCUGAUCGCAAUAGGAUGGGGUUUUAUGGAAAAUACAACUAAUACAACGAAACCGCCAUUAUCUAUGCAACAAGUGACUGUCCGUGAAAAUGUUGAAUGUACGAAUGAAAUAAUUGCAAACCGCACAACACAACUAUGUGCUGCCGGUGCAUGUCGAGGUGAUGGCGGUGGUCCUUUGAUGAUUCAUACUGGAGACGUUCAGCAAUAUGAACUGGUCGGAGUUAUAAGCGCGCGUAUUUCAUGCGUUUCACGAGGUAUAUACACCCGAAUCGCACCGUUUAUUGACUGGAUUUUCAACACUAUGAAAAAUCCACCACCGCCUCCAACAUUUCCACCGCUUGUAGUCUUUCCGACUCUCCCACUUUCAACACCGAAACCAGAUGUUUUGGGUCCUCCAAUUCCAUUUCCAUGCAAUACCAGUUACACGUGCGGUUGUUCAUCUAUUCCCGUUGUCUUUCACGACGAACCCCCUUUUCCAAAUACAACCCAUCGUCGAAAUCAAGGAAGAAUUGUCGGAGGUGAAAAUGCUCAACCAUACAGUUGGCCCUGGGUGGUAUCAAUUCGAAGUCAAUCGAAUACACACUUCUGUGGUGGUUCUCUACUCAAUGAAGAAUGGGUAUUAACAGCAGCUCAUUGUAUCACAAAUUCGACAGGAAUCAAAGUUCACGUUGGAGUUCACAACUUAACACAUCCUUCACUGCAAAUUCUUGAAGUUGCGCAAAGGAUUGUUCAUCCAUACUACAAUAUAUCAGCACGUUAUUUCAAUGACAUUGCACUUCUCCGUCUUGCGCAAUCAGUUGAUCUGACUACAGCAGCUAAACAUGCUGGUAUCACUUGCCGACCGCCUGUAACAGCUGGGAUCGAUCAUCCACAAGUUGGUACGCCUUUAGCGGUUAUAGGAUGGGGUCAACUACUUUCUAAUGGCAUUCGACCACAAGUCUUACGUCAAGUUCGAGUGAAAACAAUCGCAAACGACGAUCGCCGAUGUCUAAAUUCCAAUACUCACAAGGACCGACAAUUUUGCGCAAUGGUUGACGGUGGACAAAAAGAUUCUUGUCAAGGUGAUAGUGGUGGUCCGAUUCAUCAAUGGUUAGGUGAUCACUGGGAACAAGUUGGUAUCGUCAGUUUUGGCACAGGUUGUGGCGAAGCGGAACAUCCUGGUGUAUAUACUCGAUUAUCGUUUUAUCAUGAUUGGAUCGAUGCAACGAUGAAAGGAAUGAAUUACACUACACCAAACGCACCUGCUACAACAACGAAAGGAAUGAAUUACACCACACCAAACGCACCUGCUACAACAACGAGAACGUCAACGGAUUGUCUAACAUGUAUGGAAGGAAGUGGAAAUCACCGAAUAACGAAAUUGUCUUUGAGCAACUUUACUGGAUUGAUCAGUAUUAUUGAAUCAAGAGCUGACGACAGCCAAUUCAUGUUAUCAUCUCCACCAGCGAAUGCGACCGGCCAUCUCUUUUCAUCCAAUCAUCAUUUAAAACUAAUCACUCAGCCGAUCUUAGGUGCGCGAUCGAGAAAAAAAGACAAAUUCGAAUCGAUUAUCACAUCCCGCCGAAGCUCCUAUGAUGAUUCACCACCGUUAAUUUUCCCAGUCCCUCAAGUCGAAAAAUCUCAACAUGAAUCAACAGAUUCAGGUAUUGAUCUUUCGUCAUCGACGAAUUCAUCCGUUCAAUAUCCUCAGCAACAAUAUUUUUCCUAUUAUCGACCGUUGAGCGCAUUAAACGAAGAUGUGAAUACAAUCGAUCAGAAAAACGAUAUUCAUGAGCAAAAACGAGGUUCCACUUCUUCAUCGGAUGCCCAGUCGAAUUCUGAUCCUUAUUUCAAAACAUUGAAAACUUCGAAAGUUGAACUUCCUUAUCCUCUAACUCAACAACAUCGAGCAUUGAAUGAUCUGACAACUCGAAUUCUGCCGACCACCCAAACUCCAAUUCAAAAAGCGAUUCCUUCGUCACUGAAACCGUUGCGUAAAUCAACAAAAUUGAACAUUAUUGUUCAACCUUCAAUCCCCUUCACUCGUCCUGAACCGAUUCAAUCUGUCACUCGAACAACCAGUAGUUCGAGUCGUCAAACGUUCAAACCCAAAGCCAUAACACCACUCGGUCACUACCGAAAUCCCGAACAAAUUCGUGCUCAUAUCAAUCGAUCGGUUAUCGAUCGACAACAACCAUCUCACGUAUUAAAACGAGGUACUAUUCGACAGAAAGUAAUUCCUUUAGAUAUUCCAGCAUCAAAAGUCAACACUCUUUUGACGAAGCAAUCAAAACAAUCGAAAAUUAUCAUUCAUUCAAAAACAAAUGGAAAUUCAACAGUACAACAUCUCUGCGUACCGCAACCUCGUCAUACGAAGGCAAAUUUGCCUUUGUUGCAUCAUGAAGAAGUUCUCCCUGAGAAAACUCAAAAAGACAAAGGACGAAUGAAUGAUAAAUAUCAGAUCCCCGGUAAAAUUUUCCGGUCUCGACUAACACCAGAGUCAUUCAAGACACAACAGAAGAAAGAAAAUACUUUUCGCCACGCUCAGGAACGCCAUUGGCCAGUGAAUCCCAAACGACCUGCUCUCGCGCCUGUUAAAAUUCAGCCUCUUCCGAAAAUUCCAGUUCAACCAAGACAAAAAUCAUCCGAAGAAAUUCUCGUCAAUUUACUGCGUUCGACUCCCGAUGGAGAAAUUCAUCCUAAGCGGCAAAAACUCGGUUCUUCAUCCCCUCAAGGAAACCUUACGUAUCGUCUAUCCACUGAAAACAAUCAACAACUUCCAUUAAAAGAAAUUACUCCUAUCGAUAAUGACUCUUCGUCUUCCUUAUCAAUGAUCUCUCCGUUCUGCAAUCUACCUUCAAUAUCGACGAAAUAUCAGAAGGAACAUACCACACCUUCUUCCGUUGACAAAGCCUCCUCCUCGAUCAAUAAACUGAUCAUGUCGAAACGAGAAGAAGACGACCUGUCGACGAAUUACGACAGUGACGAUGGAUGGAGCAACGAUUCCAUUGAAAUUAUUUAUAUUGAUGAACAAUAUCUAACGCAAAAGAAGAAGACCACAUCUUCUUCUUCUUCAUCACGUUUCAUUUUUAAACCAAACGCUCAUCUUCAUCAACAAAAAAUUCUUCUUCAUUAA